AUGGUUGUCUUGGGAGAGCAGGCUUUGACGGGUGCGAGACUGCCAGGAUGUCCAGCUGCCCGCCAAAACAGACCACCAUGGUGCUGAGCCACAGGCUCGAGGCUCUGUUUAUCCUCACUGUUUCAUUUGUGUUCUUUGCUUCUGUCAUGCUCUACUGGAGAACUGGGGAGGAUGCUGAGGGCCAGCUCACACAAAGCAGGUGUGCUCAGUUUUUGCCUUGCCUUCCCUGUCCCACUGCCGGUGGGCCCCCUCCUUCCCCUGGGGAUGUGUAUUUUGUGGAGACCUCGGAGCAAACUAAGCCAAGUUACCUGUUCAUGUGCUUUGUGGAGUCAGAGGCCCGGACGCACCAUGGGACAAGGGUCAUGGUGUUCAUGAAAGGCUUGGCAAAUGGUAACGCCUCGUUACCCAACCACUGGGGCUUCUCGUUGCUGAGCUGCUUUCCCAAUGUGGAAGUCCGGCCCCUGCACUUGCUGGAGCUUUUCUCUGGAACACCUCUGGCAAAGUGGUACUUGCAGGCUCAGCAGCGCUGGGAGCCUUAUUUCUUACCCAUCCUGUCUGACGCCUGCAGAAUUGCCAUAUGGAAAUUAGGUGGCAUCUACCUGGACACAGUCUUCAUUGUGCUUAAGAACUUAAAGAACCUCACCAAUGUGCUUGGUAGUCAGUCCAAGUAUGUACUGAAUGGGGCCUUUCUUUCCUUUAAGCCCAAACACAAGUUCAUGGAGCUUUGCAUGCAGGAUGUAGGUAACUACAAAAGCUGGAUCUGGGGGCACCGGGGCCCACAGCUCCUAAUGCGUGUCUUCAGGAAGUGGUGCUCCAUCAGUAACAUAUAGGACAACAUGAGCUGCAAAGGCAGGAGUGCUCUUUCCCCAGAAGCUUUUUAUCCUAUUCCCUGGGGGGGCUGGAAUAAGUCUGAAGCAAUCAGCUUCUUGGCGCUUCACAAGCUCUUUAAGAACAACUACGCAGUGCACAUGUGGAACAAACUGGGCCAUGGGUCAAGGCUAGAGAUCACAUCCCAGGCUUUGCUAGCUCAGCUGCUUUCUCAAUUCUGCCCUGCCACAUAUGCGAAGAUGAAGGACUCUGAAGAGCAGUCAAGGUCUGUAAUGUGA